GAAGCGUGAAAAGACGUGGAUGCGACUUGUCAAGGUCCGUCGGUCCGGGAAACUCCACCCGGCAGGACUUCUAUGGCUUUUUCAAGUUUCUUUGGCAGAGGCGGGAGUCCAGGCGCAAGUUGGACCCGGACUUCUUCGCCAGCUUCACCGACGCCGAGUCGACCUUCGAUGAAGACGGACAGCCACGUUUUGAGGAGGUUUCAGGAAAGUCCAUCGGCUGGACCGAAGCAGGCUUGGCAGACCUACGACCCAGAAACAGAGGAUGUGAGCUGGCGAGCCAAGGCGCCCGACUGGCAGCUCAGGGGCUUUGGGAGGUCAAGGGCGGGAAGGGAUGUGCUUUGCAGACACUUAGACUCACGCAUACUCACGACAGCUUCAUGCUUUGUGCAAGGGCUGGCAUUGGGACCUGGUAA